GCUCUGUGAUGGAGACGGUCUGGAGCAGCUCAUCCUCCCUGCAGCUCACACCCGCAGACCUGAUCCUGAUUCAGACCUGAUAUUCAAACAUCGAGCUAGCCUGACAGCUGGGCAGCGACCUGAGUAACAUUUACUGUCGGCGUCUAAAACAAGCACCCUAUCCGAUUUAUAUACAAAGCCAACAUGGAUUUAAACAACGUCUUGUCACAGCUUGAAACCUGCAACGAGCAGGAAACGGAGAAGCUUCUCCUUCAGUUUAAUGAGGAGAACAGCCACACCUUUGCUUUUGAGCAGAAGGAGGAAUCUCUCCGGAGCAAGCUGUGUCAGAGUGUGUUGACUGUACUCGGGAAGCAGGUGCAGCCUAGCUGUCAGAAGACAUGUCUAGAGACACUUCGCAUCCUCUCCAGAGACAAGCAUGUCCUCUCACCUGUAGCCACCAGGGAGGGCAUGUUGAUCCUGGGACGGAUGGCAAGGCUGAACCCUGAAGAGGAAGUAGAUGACAACCAGAAAAGUGUCCAGGAAGACACACUGUUAGAGGAGGAGGAGAGGGUGGUUGUCGAGGCCUUGAAGUGCCUUUGCAAUGUGGUUUACAACAGCCCUGCAGCUCAGCAGGUGAGUGUAGACGUGCAGCUGGCUCAUGGCCUUUGCAAAAGCCUGCGUACAGCCAGCACAUGGAACCACGAGGUUGGCCUUUUCACGCUGCGCCUUCUUUUCCUGCUGUCUGCCCUGAGACCUGAUGUGAGGGGGGUUAUGAGGAGAGAAUUGCAUGGUGUGAAACUCCUGACAGAGGUACUGGAGCACACCUUGGAUGUGCGCUGGGUUGGUCCAUAUGAAGCCGCCUCACCAGACCCAGAGGCCCUGCCCAUGCCUGCAGAGGACAAUGAGCGAGCAAUGGAGGCACUCAAAGCGUCAUUCAACCUCACGCUGUCAUACAUGGGUGGUGAGGAGGAUGACCACCAGUUCCGACUCAUAGCUGCUAUUCUGCGUCAUCUGUUGAUGCAGAGGACUGAGACGGAGGAGAAAACAGAGGAAGCACACAGCCACGCUGUCAACCUGCUGAAUAACCUGCCAGUGUCCUGCCUGGACGUGCUGAUUGACAUGCCUGUGCAGGGAGGACAAGAGAAAUAUGGGGGGAAAAACAUGGACGUAAUCCAGGUGUUGCUCGACUUCAUGGAGAAAAGGAUCGACAAGCAGGGCUCCAACUACAAAGAGGGUUUGACUCCGGUGCUCAGCCUUAUGACUGAAGGAUCCAGGCACCACAGGGAGAUUCGAAGAUUUAUCAAAGCUCAGGUACUUCCUCCUCUGAAGGAUGUGAAGAUCAGGCCAGAGAUCGGCAGCGCUGUCAGAAACAAACUGGUUCGCCUUAUGACACAUGUGGACAUGGGUGUAAAGCAGAUGGCUGCAGAGUUUCUUUUUGUGCUCUGCAAAGAAAGCGUGGACAACCUGUUGAAGUACACAGGAUAUGGGAAUGCAGCAGGACUUCUGGUGGCUCGAGGGCUUCUUGCAGGAGGUAGAGGAGAGACCCAGUACUCUGAGGAUGAAGACUCAGACACAGAGGAGUACAAAACUGCGAAACCUUUCAUCAACCCCAUCACUGGUCACGUUGAGGAGCCAAUGCCGAACCCUAUUGAGGAGAUGACGGAGGAGCAGAAGGAGUACGAAGCACAAAAGCUUGCCAAUAUGUUUGACAAGUUAUCAAGGCAGAAUGUGAUCCGGCCGAUGGGGGUCAGACCUGAUGGGACUCUAGCACCUCUUGAAGAAACUCUCUGUGAUGCGCCUGUGGACGACUCAGGAUCAGACUCAGACUAGUGCUCUGAACAGCCAGGCUACAUUUCCUGGGCUGACCUCACCAAGCCUCAACACAACUAAAGCUGUGUCCCACUUCAAGGACCUGAUCCUUUGAAUGAAGCACACAUGAUGAAGGUGGGUCUUUAGAAGGAGCUGUAGCCAGCUGAAUCCGCCUUAAAUGAAAGAGUUGGCUGUCAUGGAGUGUAGAGCAGAAUCCAGUUAGGAGAUCCACCCGUAAUCAUCGGUACAACUCUGAAAGAAAUCAAAACUAAUGGUAGAAGUUUAGGCUAAACUUAGGCUUCACUUUUCAGCUUGUCUCAGCAGGAAGAGGCCCUAAAAACGGUUCACUUGAACAAGUUUUGCAAGUUCAAACUACUUACACUGUUUAACUGUAGGAAAUGCACACAUCUGGCAAACAACACGCUAGAUUAAAGGUAAUGUACGUGUAUUUCUGCCAUCCAUUUUUGCAACCCACAGUGUGAAUAAUCAUGUGCUAUAAUUUAACCAGUCCCUGCUUGCAUGUUAAAUGCAAAUACAUAAUCUAGUAGUAGCAGUAGUGAAGCAACAAUUUGAAAUACUGCUAGUUAAAACAUGUCACCUGAACACACCAGUGUGAGACAAAGCAGGAUCCCUUUUCUAAGCUUCAUUCAGAGUUAAAGUUCAUAAGUCAAAGUUCAGGCCCAGUUAGCCUCUUGUGAUAUAUUCAGUCCAGAAAUGUGACAUCUGAUGAUCAGGGCUUGAACUGGGACACAGCUCCAAACAUCAGAAGAAAAUACAGAGGGUCCUUCGCAGCUGAAAGCCUUUCUCUAAAGAAGAAAUGGACUUAAUGUGCAGACAGACUGCAGUGACAUCAUAGUGCACAGGAUGCCCCCGUGGUGACUGCUGCACCAUCAUUGCUUAUUUUACUGCUUCCUUAGUCGAGAUGAUAAUAUAUUUGCUGGAUCAUGUGUAUCACAUUAAAAGCACUGUUGUUAUGGUUUGUUUAAGUGUAAUUGGGUCUGAAUAAUCAUUCCUUUUGUGCUUCUGUUUUUCACUUUUUUAAGUGUCUCUUAUUUCUGCUGUAUUGUUUUUUUAUUGUUCAUUCUGUUUUUUCUUACAUAACUCAAGUGCGCAUUAUAAAAAACAUUAAAUUUAUAAUCAUUGAAAAGUCAUCAGUAAAUGUUGUGCCCGGGUUAAAAUCAUGAGAUCUGUCAAGUUUGGACCACAGGGUUGAUGUUGGAAAUCAGGCCGUGUGUAUGUGGCACACCAGUUAGUCACCAAGGGAAACUUUGCAAAUUCAGGUUUUGUUGGCUCACUGCUGUGUCACUGGAAGUCAUUUAGGACACGAACACUAUGUUUUAUUUAGAAUUAGCAACUUUAAAUUGAAUGAUUCAACUUUUCCCUUCAGUGGAUGGUAGUAAAGUGAUGGGUUGUGCCUGUUGUGGACUCUUGACAAAGAAAUGUGUAAACCUAUGAUGAUUGUCUGAUCCACGUUACUUCUGCCAAAUCUGCAUUAUGUGAAAUCAGUUCUCUGCCAUGUUAUUUUUUGUUUGUUUGUUUUCUAGAUUGACAUUUUGUAAAUUUUCUAUAAAUUAACAAGUUUACAAGUGUAUGUAAAAAUGGAAAAAAUGCCUUCUUGUUGGUUUGACUUACUUGAUUUAAAAGCCACCUGAAGUCAUCUGAAAACAUCUGGCCUCGGAGCUGAAACCUGCUUCUGAAAACUGUCACAACUAUUGUUUUCAUCAUGAUGAGUCCACAGAAACUUGAUACUGCUUUAACCAGAAAACAUGUCUUAUAAGAAAAUCUGUGACGGAUCACUUGUUUAAUAGUGAAGAAUCAUGAGCAGACUCCUCACAUGACCUGAGUCAUCACUACUGCCUGCUCACACAGAUGAUCCACAUCAAUAAAAAUAAACAUUAAAAUGACAUGGACUUGGCUUUACAUUGGCAUAAAACACCAUACUCAUUUCAAGCUGCUUAAAUGUGAUUCAUCAGAUGCUUUUUUUUUUACCUGCUUGGAGAGCCGAUAUAUUGAUGGGUCACAAAUUUAAAGGUAAAACCAGCAUCAAGUGUCUCUACGAAAUUAGGUCAAUACAAGCUUUAAGAAGAACUUCAGUGUAAAGGCCAAAUUCAAAUUUUAACUAAAUGUUCAUACUUUUUUUGACUCCUAUGUUCUUGUGUCUUUGCUUAUCCUCAUUUAUUUGCCAUGCAUCUGUAGAUCAGUUUAUUUAACCCCUGUGAAUGCCUUCUUUUUCAGCAAUAAUCAUAAAUCAGUUGCAUGCUGCUUACUUGCUUACUUAUGUUUUGGGUACAGUUUAGGUCUUUUUGCACAUCCUUUCCAUACUGUAUAAAGCACUCACCAUGCUUUAUUUAGUCAGACUUUCACUGAAAUGUUAAUAAAAAUGGAAAUCCA